UUUAUUCAUGCAACUCAAACAAUCGCGUGAUUUUAAACAAAACGUUUGUAAGGUCAAUAAUUAGAACCUAUGGAUAACAAUCUCUUACUACAGUUCUACACAAUCGGACCCACUGAUGCUAUAAUAUUAGAACCCUCUCUACAAACUAUUGAUUAACUCAAUUUGUGAGCAUUUUAGAUAAUUAGACGCAAAUUAUAGUUUAACCAAAGCAUCCGAAGGGUAUAUUCAAUUUCUAAAUUAUAUGGCACAUUUCUAUAUAAGUCGUAGAUAUGCAGAUUCAUUCAAAAUACAAGUGAUAUAUCACAAAAUGCUGUUCAUUUUAAGUACUCUAUGUUUGGUAUAUUCCGUUUGGGGCAGUCCAAACAGGGAUAUUUAUCAAAAAAUUCCUAAGGUCGACGUUGAUGAAGUUCUGACAAGCGAUGCAGUCCUCGAACAUCAUUUCAAUUGUAUCAUGGAGAGAAGUGGAUGUCCAGACCUGAUUGAUGAAAUUAAGUUUAUUGUACCUGAGAUUAUGAAAACCAAUUGUGGGAUGUGCACUGACGAAGAAAAAGCUGUUGUCAAAAGAGUAACGACACAUGUUAGGGAAAAUAGACCAGAGAUGUGGGCAGAAUUUUCCGAUAGAUUCGAUCCAGAGAGAAAAUUCCAAAUUUAAAUUAUGGGAUUCAGAUGGAGAAUUUCAGUAGAUAGUAAAAAGUGAAGAUGAACUAUCUCAAAAUUAUAUUUAUUAUCCAUAUAAACUCCUUACUGUCUCUUUUAUUUCUUAAGCUUAUUUUAUUUUUAUAUUAGUAUCCAUAACUCUAGAAUGAAUUUCUUAUCAUAAAACCAUAAAGAAGGAAUAUCAGCGGCAGCGUUUUUGAAGAAAUUAUUGAUCAAAAGCAGUUUAAAGAAUUUACUUUGAUCAAUCAAUUAUAUUUCCGUCUGUAUUGAAAAUUCGUUUGUUUAAAAACAAACUUAGAUGGA